UUUAGACACAAACUACACUAACAUUUAAGCGUUUCUGACUCGGCAUUUUUCUGCUCCUGAAUCCCACAAAUCGAUCUGAAGCGGUUAAAAACUUUUGUUUCCUGGCCAAAACAUGAAAAAAACGUCUUCCUGAUUGAUCUACCAGGACAAUAAUCUUCCAUCAUGGAAGACCAGCAGGUGCUAGACUUCCAGAGAAUUCUGGUCCGUGUUCAGGACUCCUUGAGUAAUAAUGAGGUGCUGGAGCUUGUGUUCCUCUGCUCUGAAAUGCUCAAGAAAGAUCUCAGCAGUGUGGUCACUGCCAGAGAUCUGUUUUGUCUGCUGCAGGAUCAUAACCUGCUAUGUCCUAAAGAUUCCUCUCUACUCGUUGAGCUGCUAAAGAUCAUCAAACAUGAAAAACUUAUCCGAGAGCUGGGAUUAAAUUCAAAUCUCUCAUGCAGCCGGGUUUCCCCAUACAGGCAGAUGUUGUAUAAAUUGUCAGACAACAUCUCAGAUGAUGAUCUAAAGACCGUUAAAUUUAUGCUAUACCAGAGUUUACCCCGCAGGAAACUACAGCAAGAUCUGACACUGCUGCAGUUGUUUCUGGAAAUGGAGAAGAUUGGCUACCUUAGUGCUGAUAACAUCAACACUAUAGAAACCAUUAUUGGAGAUGUAGUUCCUUUUUUAAAGAAAAUAAUCAGAUCGUAUCAAAUGGAGGAUGUAGGUUCUUGUGUUGAAGAAGUGAAAUGCAGGGGCAAGUCUGAUUCCCAGGACACUUCAGUAACCACUAAUAUAGUUCAGCCUGAGGACAGUAUAAUUGCCACAUACCAUAAAGAUUUGGUGUCUUCUGAAGAGCUGUUGCCCCCCUCAUAUUUUUGCCAGCCACAGUCCACUGAGACACGCUCAUUGCAGACUUCUGUCUCAGGUGAUGUUGUACAGGCACAAUUUGCUUCCUUGAGUAUUACUCAAACUCCAAACCUCACCCAAGGUGACAAGAUCCUGAGCUAUCCUGAACCUAACCAAAAUAAGCCAUUGGUGCAGCAAUAUGACAUGAGUGGAGAUUGCAGAGGCUUCGCCUUGAUCAUCAACAACCAUGACUUCUCAAAUUCGAGUUUAAAGAACAGAGAUGGGACAGAUGUAGAUAAGAAGAUUUUAGUUUCUGUGUUAGACUGGCUGGGGUUUAAAAUCGAGAUAAAGCAGGACUGUAGUAAGGAGAGCAUGCUGAUUGCUCUGGAUGACCUGCGCAAGCAAGAUCACACUCAGGCGGACUGCGUGGUGUGCUGUGUGCUGACUCAUGGCUAUGAGGGUGGACUGUAUGGGGUGGAUGGCGAGAGAGUCUCGAUAAAGGAGCUGCUGACGUGGCUGGAUGGCCAUCAUUGCUCCUCCCUCUUACAAAAACCCAAACUCUUCUUUAUCCAGGCUUGUCAGGGCGAUAGAGAACAGAAGAUAGCCUACCUUCAGUCGGAUGGUUCUAACAACACCACAGACACAGAGAUGGGUUUCUUCUGUGAUGCUGAAGUGCCCGAAGAAGCCAGUAUACCGGUAGGGGCUGAUUACCUAGUGGCCUUGGCGACAGUGCCAGGCUACGUCUCAUUCAGGGAGAAAACCAGAGGAACCUGGUUUAUACAGUCACUGUGUAAGAAACUUAAACAGUUGGUGCCAAGUGGUAUUGAUCUGCUAUCCAUCCUUACUGAAGUAAACAAAGAAGUGAGCAAGAAAGCUGACAAAGAUGGAUUGAGGAAGCAGAUGCCACAGCCAGAAUUCACCCUGACUAAGAGAGUAGUGUUCCCUAUACCAAAAACCCCUCCGCCCCUUUAAUUAUCAUUAAGCUGAAAUUUCAUCUGGAUUGCUGUGUGUAUUGCUGUAUGUGGUAGUAAAUUAAUCUGAAUGGCAUACUGAAACCUUUAGGAACUGUUUUUUUUAGGAACUGUUAAAGUUAUCUAGUAUGUAUUUUAUUCAUAGAUAUUUUAAGACAGGAUGAAUGAGCACACCUUUGACCUAUUCUUUAAAAAAUAAAAGCAGCAGACAUGUGCCAUACUUGAACUUUUAAUUUACUUUCUUUUACAUUACAAUACAUUUGAUAUCAUGACACUGAAUGUGAAAACGUUACUAAAUAUUAGAGGAUUAACGAUAUUACAAAUUUAAAGAGAUGAUUCUUUAUUAUGUUUGCUAUUUCUAUGGAGAAUGAUAUAAAAUAUUUUACAAAUAUAUAUUUUUAUAUUGGAUACCUGCAGUAUAUUUCUGCCAUGAUCAGUAAUGUCAGUAAACAUCAUAUUUAAAAACUGUCAUACUUUUAACCUAUGUGCCUGUGUGUUAGCCAGUAUCCAUAGGUUUAGGCUUCUUAUAUUAGUUCUUAUUUGAAUGCAGGCAGAGCUGAUAAAGUUUUGCUGAGUAAUAACAAGAAUGUUACUGAAGUAAGAUCCAGGAAGCAGAUGCCACAGCCAGAAUUCACCUGACUAAGAGAGUAGUGUUCCAUAUACCAAAAACCCCUCCCAAAGAAAGAUGUAAGAAUACUUGUGAAUAUUUCAGCUGCUUUAAGAUACCUCUUGUAAAGUUUAAUGUAAAUGUCUGCUUGUUUUUAUAAUUAGUAUUUUCCACUUUUUUCCAUUCUUGAAUUAAACACACUCCAGUUCUAAGGCUGAGCUCAGGUUACUGUAUAUUGUGUAGUUUUGCAUGUUCUUCCCAUGUCAUGAUAAAAUGUUUACUGAAGAUGAAUGAAUAAAUGAUAAUUGUGGAGAA